AUGUUCUCUCAGAAGCUUGUCCAGCAGUCAGCGCGACGGCUUGCCGUCCAGCAGCCGCUCGCUAUCCAGUCCAUGGUGCGUGCUUCGCCGGCUGCCGCUACCCUCGGAUUGCAAAAGAGUGUUGACAAGAAGGCACUGAACAGAGCCGUUACCUCCACCGCCGCUGAGGAGAACUCCAUCCUGGCCAAGCAGCGUAUGAACCGCCCCGUUUCACCACACUUGGCCAUCUACCGCCCCCAGAUUGGCUGGGUCGCCUCAGGUCUUAACCGAGUCACUGGUGUCGCUCUCUCCGGCACCCUCUACCUCUGGGCCACCGCCUACCUCGCCUCCCCUGCUCUUGGCUGGCAUGUCGAGUCUGCCUCCAUGGUUGCCGCCAUGGGCGCUCUUCCCUUCGCUGCCAAGGUCCUCCUGAAGACCAUCAUGGCCCUUCCCUUCACCUUCCACUCCUUCAACGGUCUCCGUCACCUGAUGUGGGAUAUGGGUCGGGGUCUGUCCAACAAUGUCAUCAUCAAGUCCGGCUGGACCGUUGUUGGUGUGAGCGUGGCCAGCGCUCUGGCUCUUGCUUUUGUCUAG